AUGGCUGAGAUGUCAGCGAGGGCACAGAAGCCCAUGCCUGUGUGGCGGCUGCAGUGGUGCAGCCCCCCUCCCACGUUCACCGCUGCUCCCCUCUCCACUGCCAGCUUGGCCGCCAACACACUGCCCCCCACCUGCACGGAGAGGAGGCAAGGAAAGG